CGUUUUUAUAAAAUUUAAGUAAACAUAAAAAUGAAAUUUAAAUUAUAUCUGUUAAAUAAUUAUAUCAUUUCAUUACAUAUAACUGAUCAUAAUGGUUUUAUAGGAUUUAUAUUAAAUGAUAUUUAUGAAAAUCUUGCUAAUCAUUUUUUUUAACAUGAGAUCGUAUAGUCGUCGUAUAAUACAAUAAGUUCACUUAAAUUUGCUAGUACUGAAACGUAGAAUAAGAAAAAAGUAUCACAAUGAACGUUAAUUUUAUGAGUUUAUCAAUUAAGCAUAUAGAAAGGGAUAAAUCACGUUAUUUUACCUUGUUUUUGACGCAUAGAAAAUUUUGCUUAAGCAUGAGUUUCUUACGUCCACGAAGUAUCAGUCAAGAAACGACCGAAGAAGUAGAUCUUAAAACAAAUGAUAAUGAGGUAAAAAUAGAUAAUAAGAAAACAGCAUCAAUGAAAUUGAUGAGAACUAUGAAAAGUGAAUAUAAAGAUUUGAAUAUAAAAAAAUAUAUAAGCCUUGUAAAUCCACAAUAUAUUAAAGUUUGCCCAAAAAGUUAUCUGGGUUAUACUAAGAAUAUAUCGAAUGUAUCUUAUUUAAUCUCAGAGAAUGGCGCUAAAAAUUUUGUCGAUUUGAUAAUCGAUGAUCUUUCAAAAAAUAUGACUUUUGUAGCUGAAGCUAACCCUGGAGCAGGUGUAUUAACAAAAGAGUUAUUAGAAGCUGGUGUUAGAAUUAUACGGACAUAUGAACCAAACGAAUGUUUUUAUCCUCUAUUACAUAAAUUACAAAAGAAAUAUCCUAAUAGAAUUGAAAUAAGAAAGGCAAAUAUAUUAAAAAUGAGCAAACUAUAUUUCAUGGAUCAACAGGAUAAUAAGGAAAGAAUAAAUGUAGUAUUAAAAGAUGUCCCACAUAUACAUUGGGAAAAUGAAUCAUGUAUGCAAGUAAUAGGAGCAAUAAUAGAUCAUAAGUUCUUGAAACAUCUAAUAUGGUCCGUGGUAUUUCGUACUAGCUUUAUGAUACAAGGAAGAACAUCUUUUUAUCUGGCAGUAGCACCCUCGUUAUGGAAUACAAUAAGUAAACCUCAAAGUAAAGCCGUCUUUUAUUUUCUUUAUAUUAUCUAUCAAACGUUAUUUGAUUGUAAAUAUUUUGGUGAUAUAGAAAGAUUAUUUUAUAUACCAUGGCCAAAAAAAUCAUUAAAACAAAACAAAUUAGUUGACGAUAAUAAGAUCUUAAAAGUUGUGAAAAUAGAGCCAAAAGCAGAUGUUUUUAAAAAUACCAUUAAACCAAGCCAAAUAAUAUCUUAUUGGUAUUUUGUAAGAUACCAUCUUAAAUCAAAGGAACAAAGGGUAAUACCUGAAUUGGAAAAAUGGAUACCAGGAUGUGGAAUAAGAUUAAUACAAAAGAACUAUAAUAUAUUUACCCGUUUUGUAGAUUUAACACCCGUUGAAUUUUUAGAUCUUUAUAAAGAGUUCGUAUCAUGGCCAGAAUAUGAAAACUCUCUCUUUUUAUCCAGUGCAUAUAGUUACAUCACGAAUCAAAGUAUAGUAUACUAACAAAUUAAAUUUUAAAGGUAAAAAGA